AUGUCCUCGUUGGCAUCUGCAGCUCCCCCUCACCUCCCUUCUUCCAACUCCAUCAUGCCCACCGCUACCUCGCCUCCCUUGCGGCCCAUGUCGCCAUCCAGCGCCCACAGUCACCACUCGCGCUGGAGGACAGUGUUCAAGAAAGGCGGCAAGUCGGGCAAGGGCAAGGGCUCCGCCAACGCCUAUCCUGACGAUGCCCCCACCGCUCCCAGCAUCCCCGAGCUGUCUCUCCACAACACUUCAUUUGCCGUUGGCAACAAUGACUUUGAGACGGCGCUGUUGAGCGUUGGCUCCGAGCACCCAGCCGCCGCGGGCGGCCCCGAGCCCUCGCAACAGCCUGGUCAUGGCGCUCUCGGCAUCGCAACCUCGUCUCCCGCCCCGCCUUCCACCGACGACGACGAGCAGAUGCGCGACGACCUCUCGACCUCGAGUUAUGGCGGCCAAGUCGUGACUGUUCCUUCACCCUUCCCUCCCAGCGCGUACCCGGCCGAGCCUUGGAAUUCGUCGUCACCAACAAUGCCAUCGUCCAGUUCCCAGGAGCCGCAGCCUCCCAACCGGCCAUACUCCAACUCGUACUCAAUCUCCACCACGGACCGGUCGUCGUCGUCGUCGCGUGCAAACAACAACAGCACGGCUUCCCCCGCAGUCAUCCCCAUCGUCACCAGCUCGACCACGUCGCUCCACACCAGCACCAGCGGUGGUGCUGCCCCGACCACAGGCUCCACCAAGGUCUCUGCCUCCCAGAGUGGUGCCUUCAAGGGCCGUUUCUUCUCCACCCCAGGUAGCAGCAGCAGCAGCACGAACGUUUCAACCGAUACAAGUCCCCCUACCAAAAAGUCGGACAAGUACAAGGGCCUGUCACGAAAGGCGCCGCCAAACAUUGCCCUGUCCCACAGCUCCUCCAAGGAAAACACCUCGCCAGACACGUCUCCGCGCACCUCGACCAAGGUGAAGACUCCCCGAGGCGACGAGAACAGCAGCAGCAACAGCGAUCACAAGAGUUCGAUCAGGCAGCGUUUCAUCCGCCGUGUUGUGUCUGCGCCCAACGCAAAAGCGCUGUUUACCAACAACCUCUUCAACCAUGCCCCCGAGGUUCCGCCCAUACCGAAAAACUCGUCGUCGGCGUCGCGUCCGUCGCACGGCGCCGGGGCUGUUGAUCUGAGCGCGUCGCCGCCUCAACCACCAGUGGCCAAGAUGCCCGCCGCCCUCAACAAGAACGUCUCGUCGCCACUAUCGACGCCGUCAACACCUGCUCGAUCCAACACGCCGUCAUUACUCAAACCGACGUCCAACCUGUCGGUCACAGGUACCCGUGGUGUACGUGCGCACUCUACAAGUGUGAUGGGGAACAAGGUAUCGUCGUCGUCAUCCCUUGCUGCCAGUCUACACGACAAGGCCGCGUUCCGAAGGACGUACAGCUCAAACUCUAUCAAGACGCGCGACGUCGAGGUGUCGCCUAGCUCGUUUGAAAAGAUCAAGCUGCUCGGCAAGGGCGAUGUCGGUAAAGUCUACCUUGUCCGCGAGAAGAAGUCGGACAAGCUCUUUGCCAUGAAGGUCUUGUCCAAAAAGGAGAUGAUCAAGCGCAACAAGAUCAAGCGUGCGCUAGCCGAGCAGGAGAUUUUGGCAACGGCCAACCACCCGUUCAUUGUCACCCUCUUCCACUCGUUCCAGUCGCAAGACUACCUCUUCUUCGUGCUCGACUACUGCAUGGGAGGCGAGUUCUUCCGCGCCCUCCAGACCCGCCCGGGCAAGUGUCUCAGCGAGGAGCACGCCAAGUUUUACGCCGCCGAGGUCACCGCUGCGCUCGAGUACCUCCACCUCAACGGCUACAUCUACCGCGACUUGAAACCAGAAAACAUCCUGCUCCACCAGAGUGGCCACAUUAUGCUGUCCGACUUUGACCUGUCGAAACAGUCGGGCGAGCCUGGCGGUGCCCCCGUCACCAUCAAGCAGAACAGCACCAACGGCGCGUUCCUUGUCGACACGCGCAGCUGUAUUGCCGACUUCCGCACAAAUUCGUUUGUCGGAACAGAAGAGUACAUUGCUCCAGAGGUCAUCAAGGGCUGCGGCCACACGUCGGCCGUGGACUGGUGGACUUUGGGAAUUCUGAUUUACGAGAUGAUUUUUGCAACGACUCCCUUCAAGGGACCUAACCGAAACGCUACGUUCUCCAACGUCCUGAAGAACGAGGUGCCGUUCGACGAGCAGAGGAGCAUGUCGAGCGUGGGCAAGUCGUGCAUCCGCAAGCUCUUGAUCAAGGAUGAGCACAAGCGUCUGGGGUCGAGCUCGGGUGCCUCUGAAGUCAAGCAGCACAAGUGGUUUGCCAACAUUUCAUGGGGCCUGCUACGCCACAUGACCCCGCCCAUCAUCCCACAAGAGUCCAACGGGAUCGACACGGUCAACUUCCGCACCAUCCGCGACAGCAAGAGUGUCGACUUUGAGAGCGGCGACGUCAUCCGAGCGCAGGCCGGUCUGUCCGGCUCGCCCGGUACGCCGGGCAUCUCGACACCAAAGGAGCUCACCGACGCAAAGAACCCGUUCGGCGAAUUCAACAGCGUCACCCGCGACUUUAUGGACAACUACUAG